AUGCCAGAUUACCUUGAGACGAAUGAUGUAUCGUCAACACCUGUUAUAUUUUUCAUCAAUAAACUUUCCGGCGGUAAGAAAGGUGAUCAAGUCUAUCGUAAGCUCGUUCAUCUACUCAAUCCACGACAAGUAUUUCUACUUGAAAAUGAUACAACGAUUAUGGAAGCUCUAAACAUUUAUUCGUCACUGUCCAACGCACGUAUUUGUAUUUGUGGUGGUGAUGGUACAGUUGCCUGGAUACUUAGUCGACUUAUGGAUGCGUUUCCGUCAUUGAAAAAUCCGCCGGCAGGCAUUUGUCCAUUAGGCACUGGUAAUGAUAUAUCGCGUGCACUUGGUUGGGGACAUCGAUACAAACCGAAACAGCUAAUGGAAACACUUACGCAAAUAUCUCGUGCACAUCCAACGCCACUUGAUCGAUGGAGAAUUCAAAUCGAACCACUGGAAAUCAACGGAUCCAAUAACGAAUUUGUCAAUAGACGUCGACGUUUUUCUUCGUUCAUGAAACAUCCAAAGUUCAUUCGCGAUGCUGAGCAACUAUUCGACGACAAUCAUCGCACGCCGAUCAAUACAUUCUUUUUCAAUUAUAUCAGUUUUGGACUGGAUGCAGCAAUUGUAGUUGAUUAUUACGCGAAUCGAACACGUCAUCCAUCCAAAUUUACGUCGCCACUCAAGAAUAAAAUCCUUUGUAUGAAUGAAAGUCGGAAGUAUCUCAAAGACUUUGCCUUUGAAAUAGCAUGGGACUUAACUUCAUAUAUACGUUUAAUCUGUGAUGGACAAGAUUUUACCGAUUCGAUACGGCAUUGUCAUUCUCUUGUGGUACUCAAUACUCGAAGUUUUGGUUCUGGUACUCAUCCUUGGAGUAGAACGUCAAAGAAUAGAAUUGAAUCACAAUCGGAUGACCACGAAGAUGAUUCUUUCGAUCAAAUUUCGACACAUUCUCUUUCAGCACAUGACUCACCUAUCAAUGAUCAUGAUGAAAAUCAAACGACAACGACUAGUGGUGUUUUCGCCCGCACUGCUUCAGAUCAUUUCGAGACACAGAAUUUUGGUGAUCGAAAGAUUGAGGUACUCGGUUUAAAUACAAGACACAUGGCUUUAAUUCGCAUGGGUUUUCGUGGUCAUCGCAUUGCUCAAUGCAGUCAACUGCGCAUCGAACUUAACCAUCCGAUGCCAGUGCAUAUGGAUGGUGGACCCUUUUAUCUCGCUGGAUCGAUGGCUGUCAAUAUCACACAUGCUGGUCAAGUCAUAGUUUUGACAAAUCACACCAGAUAA